AUGCUGGGAUUUCUCAAGCUCGUCUCACAGAGGCUAGCAAUGCCCCGUUUCCCAUUCCUGCUAUUUAUCUUGUAUGCCAGCGCAGAUCUAGCUGUUCCCACCAAUACCCGGCCCAGCUAUCACAUCACGCCUGAGAAGAACUGGAUGAGUGAUCCCCAGCGUCCGUUCUUCCUGGGGGACGAAUGGCAUCUCUACUACCUAUACAACUCCAACUUUGAUAGCUCAAGCCCCGGUUCAGGAGGUACGGAAUGGUAUCAUAUCACAAGUACCGACAUGGUGCACUGGACUCGUCGGGGCGUAGUGAUGGAGAAGUACAAACCGAACCCUCCCACUGGUAUUAUACUCGGUGAUAUCGAGACCGGUAGCGCCAUCGUCGACAUGAACAGCACUGCUGGAUUUGGCCGGAAUGCCGUGGUGGCCAUUGUUACACAGAUGGCAGAUGGGCUGCAACAGCAAUCUCUUUUCUAUUCCACCGAUAAUGGGUACAGCUUUAGCCCUUACAAAGGCAAUCCCGUAAUGCCGAACCCAAGCCCAAAUACAAAACCUGCAUUUCGAGAUCCCAAGGUCUUUUGGGAUGCCAAAGAGGGACAUUGGGCGAUGUCUCUCGCAGAGGGUGACAAGAUUGGUUUCUACACUUCUACAGAUCUGAAGACCUGGGCGUAUGUAUCCGAGUUUAAGCCUAGCAACGCUGGCGUAGACUUGGGCACCCUCGAAUGCCCAGAUCUAUAUCAGAUCGACCUAGACGGCGACAGCACAAAGCGCACCUGGGUUCUCGCGAUGGGCGCCAACGGCUAUCGCUACAAUAGGACGACCGGUACUGCAUAUUGGACUGGGAAAUGGGACGGUAAUGCUUUCACAGCUACAAAAAGCUUGCCGCAGUGGAUGGAUGACGGGCCUGAUUUCUACGCCACGGUCAGCUGGGAAAAUCCUGAUAACAAAUACGGCAGUCGCUAUGCCAUUGCUUGGAUGAAUAACUGGAAUUACGCAGCUUCACUCCCUUAUUACGCGAAUUUCGCUGGCCAGCAGAGUUUACUCCGGGAGGUCAAGCUCAAGACUAUCAACGGUUCUCCCACUUUGGUCAGCAUCCCAAUAGGAGGCUAUGGCGAGGUUGUCGGAUCUUCAAAGGCCGUGAGCAACAAGACCAUCACAACGGAUCCUGCGUACGCAUCCCUCCCCAGCGGCAUGGAUCAAGGGGCAUACAUCAUCCGCGCCACGAUCUCCAAGAAUGACGGCGACGAGGGCAACGAGGUCCGGUUUAUCAUUAAAUCCAAUGAGGAAUUCAGCACGACUGUCGGCUACGACUUUGUGCGCGCCCAGACUUUUCUGGUCAGAGACUCAGACGGUUCCGCGACGGAUUCCAUGGCUGCGGGCCCGAAGCAGACGUACGAUACCGUGCGCACAGCGCCGAAUCCGGAGGGAGGGAGUGCCGUCAAGCUGAUCAUAUACGUGGAUUGGAAUUCGGUGGAGAUAUUUGUGAACGACGGUGUAGUAGUGUUAUCGGGGUUGAUUUAUCCGAAUCAAGGGGCCAAUGGCGUUCAGAUUGUGUCAGAUACAGGAACCUUGACGUUGGUUUCAUUUAGUUACGCGGCUUGUGAGAGGAUUGACUAG